CCUGUUCCCCCUCGAGGGCGGCUUUGCUCCUCCCCUCGGCCUGAAGAGCCAGGGAAGCCCCGCAGCCAGCCCCUCUUCGUACGCCCUCCCCUGGCCCGGCGGUUGCGCUCGCGCUCCCGGUGGGAUCGAAGUCCCCGGUGGUCCUUCUUCCCGGUAGCAGGCGGCGGCUCUGUUCGGUGCAAAAUGCUGGGCAUGUACGUGCCGGAUAGGUUUGCCCUGAAAUCGUCAAAAGUGCAGGACGGGAUGGGGCUCUACGCGGCCCGCAGAGUUAAGAAGGGUGAAAAAUUUGGCCCCUUUGCAGGGGAGAAGCGAAUGCCUGAGGAGCUGGAUGAGAGCACAGACUGCAGGCUCAUGUGGGAAGUUCGUGGGAGUAAAGGUGAAGUCCUUUAUAUCCUGGAUGCAAGCAAUCCACGCCAUUCUAAUUGGCUGCGGUUUGUCCAUGAGGCUCCAUCACAGGAGCAGAAGAACCUGGCAGCCAUCCAGGAAGGGGAAAAUAUUUUCUAUCUGGCUGUGGAAGAUAUUGAAACAGACACAGAACUUCUGAUUGGAUACUUGGACAGUGACAUGGAAGAAGAGGAGGAGGAGGAAGAAGAAGUAACUGUUACCCAGGAAGAUGAAGGCAGUGGCAACAACAAAGAAGUGCAACCAGCUGGUGAAAAAGUUGCAAAUCCCCUCACCUGUAAAGAAGAGCAUGCAUGCCCAAACUGUGAAUCCAGUUUUGCUAGCCAGGAGAUUCUAGCUGAACAUCUUCAGACUUUGCACCAAAAACCCAGUGAGGAAAAGGAAUUUAAGUGCCGAAACUGUGGAAAGAAAUUCCCUGUGAAACAAGCUUUACAAAGACAUGUACUUCAGUGCACAGAGAGUAUCAGCCCAGGAGACACUUCAAGAAGUUUUCAGUGCUCUGUUUGCAAUACUUCCUUCAGCUCAGAAUCGAGUUACGAACAGCACAAGGAGGCAUGCAGAGGGGAUGCCAGGUUCAUAUGCAAGGCAGAUAGCUGUGGAAAGAGGUUCAAGAGUAAGGAUGCUCUGAAAAAACAUAAAGAAAACGUUCACAGUGGAAAUUCUAGGAAGAAGCUGAUGUGUUCAGUGUGCAAUAAGAAAUGUUCCUCAGCAGCAAAUCUCCAAGAGCAUCGAAAGGUCCAUGAGAUCUUUGAGUGUCAGGAAUGUGACAAGAAAUUCAUUUCAGCUAACCAGCUAAAGCGCCAUAUGAUAACUCAUUCAGAAAAACGCCCCUACACCUGCGAGGUUUGCAAUAAGUCCUUCAAACGACUUGAUCAAGUGACUGCACACAAAAUAAUACACAGUGAAGAUAAACCUUAUAAAUGCAAGCUUUGUGGAAAGGGAUUUGCCCACAGAAAUGUUUACAAGAAUCACAAGAAGGUACAGCACAGACAGCAGCACUGCGAGCUUCCCCACAGUGUCUCAUCAAUAUAUCUCAACCCUGUUCUGGAGGAACCACCUGUUGAGACUCAUUCUGAAGAGAGACCAUUCCAGUGUGAGGAAUGCAAAGCUUUGUUCCGAACCCCGUUCUCUCUACAAAGACAUCUGUUAAUCCAUAACAGUGAGAGGACUUUCAGGUGUGAUCACUGUGAUGCUACUUUCAAAAGAAAGGACACAUUAAAUGUUCAUAUUCAAGUUGUACACGAUGGACAGAAGAAAUACAAGUGUGAUCUCUGUGACAAAGCUUUUGUGACACCCUCAGUCCUAAAGAGUCAUAAAAAAACUCACACAGGAGAAAAAGAGAAGAUUUGCCCAUAUUGCGGACAGAAGUUUGCAAGCAAUGGAACACUGAGAGUUCAUAUUCGAAGCCAUACAGGUGAGCGUCCUUACCAGUGUCCUUACUGUGACAAGGCUUUCAGCAAGAAUGAUGGAUUGAAGAUGCAUAUUCGCACCCACACAAGGGAAAAGCCGUACCAGUGUUCAGAGUGUAAUAAGGCUUUCAGUCAGAAGCGUGGCCUAGAUGAGCACAUGAGAACCCACACCGGAGAGAAGCCAUUUCAGUGUGAUGUUUGUGAUUUGUCCUUCAGCCUGAAGAAGAUGCUGAUCCGACACAAGCUGACUCACAACCCCAAUCGACCAAUGGCAGAAUGCCAGCUUUGCCACAAGAAAUUUACUAGAAAUGACUACCUCAAAGUGCACAUGGAAAAUGUCCAUGGUGAAACCGACAGCUAAUUGUGGCAUAUGUGAGAGGAAAGGAUCUCAUGCUCUGAAGUGCUCCAUUUGCGUGUGUACAAACUCCAGACUUAUCACCUGAUUUGUAAGCAUAGUCAAGAGAAACAAUGGUUAUGUGUUCACAAAUUAUUUUUCCUACUUUUUUUUUUUUACUAUACUACUAGGAGAAAACCAAAGAAAGACAUUUACCUAAAGUAAAACAUAGCUUGAAAAUAAAAAGAUGAAGAUUAAAGAACUUUGGGAAAAUUUUAUCCUCAUAAAAAUGAAACUAAAAAAAAAGCUGUAAGCAAACUUCACUUUCCCAAUUACAGCCUUACAAACCUAGAUAUUAGUACUGUUACCUGGAAAUAGUGGACAUUUGGAACUAAACCCUGUCUGCAACUGUAUUUCUGUAUCUAAGUUUCAAGAGUCCAUUAAAAUUCUUCAAUUUGAAA